GGCUCAUGAUUAAUYACUUGAUCGAAACGAAACAUGUGAAGCAAUAUGUCCAAAGUCACUCUUGAACAUGUAAAAUGUGGUCCAAUACAAUAGGAGUAGAACUCAAUAAAUAGCAAAAACUUUAUGGCAGUAGUUUUGCCAUCCUCCACCAUGAGUUCCAUCGCUGGUAAUAUCAUUUCCACAGCAAGAAGGAAACGUGUUGGGUUUCUUCUAAGUCCAAAGAAGAAGCGAAAGACUAUCUUUGACGCGUUCAUGCAACUAUGUGGAGAGACUGGCAUAGAGCUAGUAGAGAUWGAUCUCAAUGUCCCUCUUGAAGAUCAGGGUCCAUUUGAUAUAAUAAUACAGAAAAUUACAGACAUUAUGGCACAUGCCAAAAUGGGCAAUGAAGAUGCUCUGAAAACAUUUACAAGUUUAGAGAAUUAUUUAAUGAGCAAUCCUGAUAUUAAAGUGCUUGAUCCUUUACAUUGUGUUAAAAAGCUUUGUGACAGGCUUGUGAGCUAUCAGGUUAUGAAACAAUGUGAAUUUGUAGACAAUGGCAUUAAGACAUAUAUGCCAAGCUUUGUAAGAAUUGACAGCACAGACCACAGUGAGAAUGUUAAAAGAAUAAAAGCAGCCAAUGUACAAUUCCCAAUGGUAUGCAAACCACUGAUUGGUCAUGGUACAGACAUGAGUCAUAAGAUGUUGUUGAUAUUCAAUGAAGAAGGAUUACAUGAUGUGAAACCACCAUGUGUCGUUCAACAAUUCAUAAAUCACAAUGCAAUUCUAUAUAAGGUUUUUGUAGCAGGAAAUAGACACUACAUUGUCGACCGACCAUCAAUUAAAAACUUUUAUCACACAAAAGAUGUCAAGUUGGACACCAUAUUUUUUAAUAGUCAUGACGUAUCCAAAUCAGACUCGUCUUCACAUUUGAAUAAACUAGAUAAGAUUGAUAACAUUGAGGAAAUCACGCCUACAGAUGAAAUGGUUGUCAAUAAAUUAGUGAAAAARUUGAGAGAAAAACUGGGUUUAUCCAUGUUUGGUAUUGAUAUUGUCAUUGAGAAAGGAACAGCUAACCAUGUAGUGAUUGACAUCAAUUACUUUCCAGGAUACGAAGGUGCACCAUCAUUUCCAGCUGACAUGUUAAAUUACAUUCACUGUAUUCUGUACUCAAGAUAAAUAUUAAG